AUGUCCGACAUUCAGAACCGACCCUCUGCUCGAGGCAGAGUAUCCGCUCGCGGUGGCCGAGGUGGCUACAGCAACAGAGGUGGCCGUGGUGGAAACAGCAGAUCCAAUGCCGACAGCUCAGACAUCUCAUCCUUUGAUGAAGGUGAAAUUGGCCAGAUGAAGAAGAAGUAUGCUGACACUUUGCCCACUCUUCUGGAGUUGUUCCCCGACUGGAAGGAUGAGGAUCUGUUAUUCGCUCUGGAGGACUCAAACGGUGAACUCGAGGAAGCAAUUGAGCGCAUUACCGAAGGUAAUGUUUCGCAAUGGGGAGAGGUCAAGAAGAAGACUGUGGACCGGACCCGCCCCAAGCCCAAGGAGGCUCAGAGCACUCCAACCGAGUCGAACGCAGCUCCCAUCCGUGCAGCCCGUGGGCGCGGUGGAUUGGAAAGCCGUGGUCGUGCCCGUGGAGAUCGGGGUCGUGCCGGCCGUGGUGGUCGGGCUGGUGCUCAAACAAAUGGAGCUCGCGUUGUCAGCACUGCAGAGUCUGUGCCUGCGCCUGCGCCUGUGGCGACCGAGCCCGUUACAUCCAACGUGACAGAGGAGGUUGACAAUGAGCCUGCAGCCACAGAGUCAGAGCCCCAGACCAGUGUGAUCCCUGAAGGCUCAAAGAAGGGUUGGGCUAGUUUGUUCGCCAAGCCUGCUCCUCCUCCCCCGCAGAAGAAGGCUCCGCAGCCCGCUCCUGUGCCUGUUGUUGAGAAGGCUCCCGAACCUGUGCCCGAGCAGAAGGCUCCCGAACCCGUCCCUGCCCCUGCCCCCGCCCCGGCCCCGACACAGAAGACCCCUGUUGCGAAGCCGAUCCAACCUGUUGUCCCUGCCAUCCCCGCCGCUAAGCCUCCCCAGGUUGACUUGACCGAGACGAACCUUGAACAGAUCCCCGACGUGUCCGCUCCCGCUCCUACCGCGACUGCUGCCAGCACCGUUGGUAGUGCUUUGGACCCGAUGGCAGCUGCCCAGGCUACUCCUUCUCGUGCUCCUCCUUCCAACGUCCCCGGCAGUGGAUACAAGCAGGGUGCUCGUGCUCCCGGAUUCCAGCGUCGUGUCAUGGAGCAGCAACAGGCUGUCGUGAUGCCCGGCAACCACGCGGUUGACCGUGCUGCUGUGCAGUUUGGAAGUAUGGGACUGAACGGUGACGCUGUCGACAUUGAUGAGAACCGUGAGGAGGCCGAGACCCGCGCCCAACCUCCUCAGCACUCCCCUGUUGCCCCUCGUGCUUCCCUCCCUCCCACCACUCAGGCUGCCACUGAGACUCCUACCGCCCGCCCCGCCCCUGGUCUUCCCCCAGUUCCUCAGGGCUCCGUUGCCGAUUCCUCCUUCGACUUCGCCCGCUACUCCGAGACCCAGAAACCUUACGAUCCUUUUGCCAUUCCUGCCAGCCAGCCCCAGCAGCAGAUCCAGGAGCCUUUCGCCAACCAAGCCCCCACUCAGCCCGCUGCUACCACCGGCAGCGAGUACUCUCCCUUCUACGCCGCCGACCAGCAGCGUUUCCCCUACAACUACUACGAUAGCUAUGGCCAGACUCAGAAUGCCACUGCUGCUCCCCGCGCUGCUCCCGGAUUUGGUGUCUCGAGUGCUGAGGCUGCGCCUCAGAUUCCUACCACUCAGGCUCCCAGCCGUUACGGUCCCGUCGAUGCCACUAACAGUGGCCACAACACCCCCAACCCCACCAUGCCUGCCGCCAACCAGACUCCUGCUUCCCAGCUCAUGCCGGGCCAGCAGAGUGCCUACGGCUACGGCUACAACCCUUACUACGCCAACCCCCACUACGCUCAGUACAUGAACCAGAUGAACCAGCAGCCGCAGUACAACCGCAACCGCCCGAUGUAUGAUGAUGCUCGCCGCUAUGACGACCCUAACCAGCCGCAACAGCAGCAGCAGCAGCAGCAACACUACGGUAUGCCCCACAACAACCAGUACGGCUACGGUAACCAGUACGGUCCCUACGCUGGUAAGGGUGGCAUGUACGGCCAGCCCCACGGCUUCUCCUAUGACCACACUUCUUCGCCCGCCAAUGCCGCUGCCAGCUUCAACCAGGGUACUCCCGGACGUGACUCCGUCUACGGUGGUCGGACCGGCUCUGCGCAGCCUGCCGACAACCAGCAGACCGCUGCUGGUACCAAUGCCUUCAGCACUGGCAUGUCGGACGUCUUUGGUCGGUCCCAGGCCGGUGGAUUUGGUCAGAACCCCUCCGUCGCCCAGCAGGCUCCUGUGACUGCUGAGGAGACCAAGGGCUUCGAGGCCCCCAAGGCUGGCGGCCCUAGCCCGUCCCUCGCCCAGGCCAACCGCCCCGGCUCUGCCACCAACAACGUUCCCGGUCAGCCCCAGGGCCAGACCGGUCUUCCCCCGCUGCAGGGUCAGCAGGGUCAACAAGCGUUCGGCGGCUACGGCCACCUGAACCCCCAGUAUGGCGGUCUUGGCGGUCUCAGUGGCCAUCAGGGUGCUGCUUCUCAGACCGGUGGCUAUAACAACUACGGUGCCGGAUUCAGCAACUACUACGGAAACAACAACCGUGGUGGCUGGGGCAACAACUACGGCCACUAA